ACCCAGUUUCUCUCAUCGCCUUUCUUUCCCUUUUCGUCUCCACGACCUUUUUUUUAAUUCUAUCAUGGAACUACACUCCUCAGCUAAAGCUAAGCAGCUAUGGAAUUUCUUAAGGCUGGCUUUCUUCAUGAUGAGGAACGGCCUCCUUUCCAAGAGAAAGUUCAUCAGCAUGGAAAUGAAUCUCAUAAUGAAGAGAGGAAAACUCCUUGGAAAGAAUCUCGGAAACCUUAUCGCCAUCCACCACCACUCCAAAAACAGGCAGCUUUCUCCGGUUUCGCCCAUCAUUCAUGGCUUGCAUCAGGAGUACGAAUUCUCAUGCGAAAACACCCCGGAGCCUGUCUUCUUCCACGCAAACACGAAGCGGAUGCGCAGUUACUUCCCUUGUAUAAGCGCGGCGGAGGAUCAGCUGAGGAUUGAAGGCUCGCCGCAAUGCUCUUACAGUACGCCUAAUGGAGCUCGUUGUAAUGGAGAGAGGAAGAGAACGGUUCUGCUAUCGCCUUAUUCUGUUAGGGUUUCCAAUUUUUCGAUGGAGGAUGGAGAGAGCGAUGAGGUGGACAGGCAGGCGGAGGAGUUUAUCAGGAGGUUUUACGAGCAGCUUAAGGCGCAAAGCCUGCAAAGCCCUGCGUUGCUGGAGAUACAGGAGGAUGAGCGCUAGGAAUGGAGGCUUGCGCAGGAUAAGUUGAUUGAUAAGAGUGUGGAAGUUAGAUUUAUUUUGACAUGAAUAAAAUAUAUAUAUUAAUUUCUUAUGUAUUUAAUAUUUAUG